ACCAUACCACACUAUGCUCAGUGAAGACGUGCCUGACCCAGAAGAGCGAAGACGCGGUAAUUAGGUGGAUGUAAUAACCGUUGUGAGGUGAAGAGCUUUGUCUGAAAGACACGUCUGUGUUUUUCUUCAUAUUUUUGGAAGUGUGCACGACCUGUCGCGUCCACGGGUUCCAUCACUCCCGCUCGAACGCACGGUAUGUCGUCAUGAAAUCCCGCAUCCUGAACAGCCAGUGUUGAGAGUUAGGCUUGCCUGUUACUGUAGUUUAUGGGUCUUCGCGUUCGUUUCGAAAUUACCUAUUAUUGUAAAAAUGUGAUGUGAAAUAACCGAGUCGUAAACAAUGAUGACGGGUAAAAGUGUGGAAUGGCUGCAAGUGGAAUUAGAAUCUGGUGGGAAUUCGCUGUUGCUGUUGGAUUGCCGAUCGCAUGAGGUCUAUGAGUCAUCUCACAUCGAGACUGCUAUCAAUUUGGCGAUCCCCGGGUUGAUGCUUCGCAGAUUUAAAAGAGGAAAUCUACCGAUUCGAUCACUAAUUCCGAAUAAUGAGGAUAAGGAAAAGUUCAUACGGCGGUGUACGACGGACACGGUGAUUUUGUACGAUGAAUGUACUUCAGAAAUGCACUCUGGAACGAGUUCAGUUUUAGGACUUCUUCUGCAGAAGCUUUGGGACGAAGGGUGCCAAGCAUACUACCUGAAAGGGGGGUUUGUGACAUUUCAGACUGAGUACCCAGAGCACUGCGAGACACUCCUGGACGUCUCCUGCCCCAGCACAUCUCCGCCCGCCUCCGUCCUGGGCCUGGGCGGCCUCCGGAUCAGCUCCGACUGCUCGGACGGCGAGUCGGACCGCGAGCUGUGUAGUGCCACCGAGAGUGAGGAGAGCCCACUGUCGGGUGCCCAGGCGGCCUUCCCCGUGGAGAUCCUCCCAUACCUGUACCUGGGAUGCGCCAAGGACUCCAGCAACAUGGACGUGCUCAGCAAAUACAACAUCAAGUACAUCCUCAACGUGACGCCCAAUCUGCCCAACAUGUUCGAGCACGAAGGCCAGUUCAGGUACAAGCAGAUCCCCAUCUCGGAUCACUGGAGCCAGAAUCUGUCCCAGUUCUUUCCAGAGGCCAUCUCCUUCAUUGAUGAAGCCCGCUCUACAAGGUGUGGGGUGCUGGUGCACUGCCUGGCUGGUAUCAGCAGGUCAGUGACUGUGACGGUGGCCUACCUGAUGCAGCACCUCAGCCUGUCCCUCAACGACGCCUACGACUUCGUCAAGCGCAAGAAGUCCAACAUCUCGCCCAACUUCAACUUCAUGGGUCAGCUGCUCGACUUUGAGAGAACUCUGGGGCUCAGCAGCCCAUGCGACAACUGCCCGGACAGUGGACAGCUUUACUUUUCCACACCGACCAACCACAACGUUUUCCAGCUGGACACUCUGGAGACGACAUGAGGGCUGAGGGACUUAUGUGGCCCGUGAUGAUGAUAAUCACAGUGCUGAAAGGGGGGAACCUUUCUUGAGCGAACCAUCACUUGAAGACCUAAGCUAUUUCGAAGGGAGCACAACGAAAAAGCUUGUUGUGUGGUUCCAGGAACUCGGUUGUCGGAAAUAAUGCACAUAUGAUGCAAUGAAUUUAUGAAAUGGCGACGGAGAGGAAGUGAACAAGGGCACUUAUUUGUCGGAAGUCACAUAUGUGCUGAAACUCUCUAUGAAGCCACAGUAUGGUGGAAGACAUUCAUUCCUUUUCUAGGAAAAUGUAUUUCUGUGUACACUUUAAAAGCUCUCUCAGAAACACACUCAUAUGCAUGAAUGUUUAAUUUCAUAAUGACAUAAUGAUAUAAAAUGUAUUUUACUAGAGUGGGUCACUUUAGACUUAGUAAACAAGACAGAAUAAUGUCUUCUGAAAACCAAAUACUAUGCUAAACAUAAUGCUUUGUGCUAACAUAAGACAUUUAAAAAAAGGUAUUUUUUUGAAGGGCUCAUUUUGGUAGUAAUUAACACGCAAUAGAGGCUUAAGCCAUAGCCCUGACUACAGAUUAUAAAAUAGUUAUUUCUAAAGUCUUAUACAUAGAAUGUACAGUGAACAAACAUCCGGAUAGUAUCUAUUUACUAUCAGUAUGCCCCAUUACAGCUAGUCUGCCAUUGCAAGUCACAUGUUAUGUAAUAUUGUGAAAGUUUCAGAACAUUGAUGGUUCAUCUAGUGGAGGUUUCAGACUCCAACCAAAAGAUUGCAUUUACUCGGGGAUAAUCUAUACCACCUGCAAGCCUUGCAUAACCAGCAUCUGUACCAUGUUGUAAUGUAUGUAUACCAUAAUGUAUAGCUAUUAUUGAAAUAAUGACUGUUAUGUGUGUGUGUGUGUGUGGGGGGGGGGGGCAUUGAAGGGCCUGGUUUGAAAGGGAGGGCCUGUGUGUAUGUGUGUGUGUGUGUGUGUAAGAAAGAUGUAUGUAUGGAAUUUGCAAUGGGAUUUAGGAGAUGCUUUUAAAAAGCAUAUUUACAAUUUACAUUUGAAGAAAAGCACAGGAGUGUGCAAAGAAGACCCUAUACCGGGACCAAAGCUUUCACACAGGCAUUUCUUAUACGCUACCCUGUAGAGGGCAAUGGGUGUCUUUAAGCUGGCCUUAAAUUACCAUAGCAUUUCUAUUGACUGUUAUUAAAUGUAUAUUUUCUCAGCAGUUCUCCACAAGGAUGACAUGUUAAAUAUUAUGUACUAUUAACGACCAAAUGAGUUUAAAUUUUUCUGUUAUGGGACAUACUUUCUAAGUCACAUAGUAAUCAGUUUUGCAUGUCAUAACACUUCACACACAAAGCUAUCUCAUUGAGUUGUUUUGUUAGUGGGACUGAAUGUUCAGCUCUGAAAAGCCCAAAAGAAUCCACUGAUUUAACUUGUUUGGUCAUUGUGUCAUGUAAUUCCUGUUGCCUUUCUUUCCAUGAUGAAUUUACAGUAUGGUUCAGCCCCGUCAUCAUUCUAUGGUUCAGCCUGUACACAGAAGUGUUGUCACUGGGUUGGCUUUUUUUUUUUUUACUUAGUUUCAAUUCUUUUUUCAGUCAAGGAAGGUGAUCUCUAUUAUGUCUGUCAACACUGAUGGAAGCGCUUGUGUGGUGUUGUAAGAAAGUAUCAAUGAAGCCGAUGCCAAUGAAAGCCAGCUUGUCGGUGCAAACAAAUGAGAGAGAUUUGCAUAUCCCAUAGGGGCAUGUUUCAGGGAUUUUCAAAUGUGCUCACCACCAUUCAUUCUAGCCUCUAAUAAUUGUCAAAAGUGCUGUUGUAUGGAUAUGCAUUUGUUAAAAUGCAAGCUUCAGUGAUAUAUUAUGUAUACUGUAUUUACUUCACAUAAGGGUUUCAUUGUCCUGUUCAUGAAGGUUUCAAUUCUACUGAUGUAUUUCAUGACCAGUGGUUUGUUUAUACAACAAAUAAAUGAGGUGUCAUUUU